UGGGAACCUGAGAGAUUUGAAAAUUAUUAUUAAAGAAGAGAUAAAAGAGGAGGAUGAUGAGGAUGGGGUGAUGGAGGAAGAACACAAAGAUCUGUACCAGGACACCAUGGUGGAGUCAUCCAGCUACAGAAACCCACCAGAGAGAUGUCCCCGUCCUCUGUAUUCCCGGGAUGUCACAAAGAAAGAUGACAACAAUGGACACCACAAUCAGGGUGAAGAUCUGAUAGAUGUAAAAGUUGAGGUUAAAUCAGAAGAAGAUACUUAUGAGAGGGAAGAUGAGCAAUCUAUGGAGGAGGAUGAAAUAACAAGGGUAGUUAUAGAAGAGGACUCUUCUACAGAGAUCAGCACAGUAGAUGGACGGGAGAUGAGGAAAACCUCAGAGGAUUGUCUCACUUUGUCUCCAGACUGUAAAGUAGAAGAUGAGGACAUCACACAGUAUAGUCCAGGACAACCCAGAAAUGUCCAUCUGGUGACCCCCAGUGUGGAAGGAGCAUCACACCCCUCCUAUCCUGAGGAACCUCAGACUGUGAAGGACACUGCCGACCUCCAGAAAGAUAAGCGUUUUUCCUGUGCCCAGUGUGGGAAACGUUUUCGUUAUGAGUCCCGCCUUCGCAAACAUUUAAGAUGCCACUCGGGCGAGCGGCCCUUUUCCUGUCCUGAAUGUGGAAAAUGUUUUAGUCUAAAGUCCGGUCUUGAAGUGCAUAUGAGAUCCCACACGGGUCAACUUCCAUAUUCCUGCACCGAGUGCGGACGGUGUUACCCUACCAAAUCGCAACUCGUCAUCCAUCACAGGUCUCACACGGGGGAGAAGCCGUAUUCCUGCCCUGAGUGCGGGAAAAGUUUUUCAGACAAGUCCUAUCUUUCCAAACAUCAGAGACUGCACACGGGCGAGAGACCGUACGGCUGCCCCGAGUGCGGGAAAUGUUUCCCCCGGAAAUCGGGGCUCGUCAUGCAUCUGAGAUGCCACACGGGGGAGAAGCCGUAUUCCUGCCCUCUGUGCAGGAAAUGCUAUUUUCGGAAAUCGGAACUCGUCAAGCAUCAAAGAACGCACACGGGGGAGAAGCCGUUUAUCUGCUCGGAGUGCGGGAAAUGCUUUUCACAGAAGGGGCAUCUUACCAGACAUCAGAAAUUGCACACGGGGGAGAAGCCGUAUGUCUGCUCCGAGUGCGGGAAAUGUUGUUUGCUGGAAUCAGAACUUAUCAUACAUCAGAGGUCUCACACGGGGGAGAAGCCGUUUUCCUGUCCUGAGUGCGAGAAAUGUUAUACACAGAAGUCUUGUCUUAACAAACAUCUGAGAACUCACACAACCCUCAAAGGAGUAUUGGUGUCCUGAGGGCAGGAAAUGUGUGGAACAGUGUUUGCCGGCGCUCCACAAAUGAAAUAAAAAUGGUGCAAAGGCAUUUUUAUUAGUAGACACGUGCAU